AUGCUCUGUGUUGCAGAGCACGUGACCUCAAAUUCUGGGAUGCGAAUCUUACAAGUGACUUGUCCUAAUAAUGAGUUCGAAAGACCUUCGGCGAGAUUCGUGUACAACAAAAGCUCCUGUUUUAAGCGCAAAAGUGAUGUCUUGAAAGACACUCAUGUAGAAGACGGAAGCCUCCAAAAGUCUCACGAACUAUCUUUAUUUGGGGUUAAGAACUUUGGAAGCACAAACUUACUUGAGCAUCACAACAGAUUUAAUAUUCCUGGAAAACUAGGAUUUGAUGUGGGCAACUCUUCCUCAGGUGGAGAAACAAAUGCUGCCGCAAGAACUCGUGUCUAUCAUAGGAAAACAAAAUCUACCAAAGUAGAGAUUAGGUAUACUAAACAUGACAGUGUCGCUGCAGUCCAAAUGGAGGUACUUGUAAAUGAAUCUCCUUGUUGGGCGGCAAAAGCAACUGUAACAGAUGUGAAUCUUCAAGCGAAGUUUAGAGUGGGAAAGGAAUCAGAAGAACAAGCAAACAAGGACUCUGGAAAAGCCGCAUUCUCUGAAGCAUAUCAGAAUGAUGAGGUGAUGUUACUUGGCGAGGAUGGACAAAGCAGUUUCUGAUAUUUUUAGCUUUGUAUUUUGAUACCUGUGAGAGUACAAAAAUAUAGUAAAAGAUUUUUAAAGUAGAUUUAAA